GCGUUCCCCUGCCGCGGGUUUGGCCGCCGGGGCGCUCCCUCAGCCGCCGCUCCCUGAGGCGCCGGCUCUGGCGGCCCCGGCCGACGAGGACGCCCCGCGCGGGCUGCCGCCGCUGGGGCCGGGGGACCGCGGAGCCGCGGGCGCUCCCGGGCCGCCGCCGCCUCCCUCGGCGCCCGGGGCCGGCAUGGAGCUCUUCCAAGCCAAGGACCACUACAUCCUGCAGCAGGGCGAGCGCGCGCUGUGGUGCAGCCGCCGCGACGGCGGCCUCCAGCUCCGACCCGCUACUGAUCUACUUCUCGCUUGGAAUCCCAUUUGUUUGGGGUUGGUAGAAGGUGUUAUUGGGAAAAUUCAGCUUCAUUCAGAUCUUCCAUGGUGGCUUAUUUUAAUUCGACAGAAAGCUUUGGUGGGCAAACUUCCAGGAGACCAUGAGGUCUGUAAAGUUACCAAAGUUGCUGUGCUGUCACUUUCUGAAAUGGAACCUCAGGAUCUUGAGCUCGAGCUCUGUAAGAAGCAUCAUUUUGGGAUUAACAAACCAGAGAAGAUUGUACCAUCUCCUGAUGAUUCGAAGUUUCUGUUGAAGACCUUUACACAUAUUAAAUCUAACGUGUCUGCGCCUAAUAAAAAGAAAGUUAAAGAAAGUAAAGAAAAGGAGAGGUUGGAGAGAAGAUUACUUGAGGAGUUGCUGAAGAUGUUCAUGGACUCCGAAUCUUUUUACUAUAGCUUGACCUAUGACCUGACCAAUUCGGUGCAGAGGCAAAGUGCUGGGGAGGGGGACCCCCGCCCCCUCUGGCAAAAGGUUGAUGACCGAUUUUUUUGGAAUAAAUAUAUGAUACAAGACCUUACUGAGAUUGGUACACCGGAUGUGGACUUUUGGAUUAUCCCCAUUAUCCAAGGUUUUGUACAGAUUGAGGAACUUGUGGUUAAUUAUAAUGAGUCAUCUGAUGAUGAGAAAAGCAGCCCGGAGACUCCCUCUCAGGAGUCCACCUGCGUAGAUGACAUUCACCCACGAUUUCUGGUGGCCCUCAUUUCACGCCGCAGUAGGCACAGAGCAGGAAUGCGUUAUAAACGAAGAGGAGUGGAUAAAAAUGGAAAUGUUGCAAAUUAUGUGGAGACUGAGCAAUUAAUUCACGUGCAUAAUCAUACUUUGUCAUUUAUUCAAACACGAGGCUCUGUGCCUGUCUUUUGGAGCCAGGUUGGAUAUCGAUAUAAUCCAAGACCUCGGCUGGACAGAAGUGAAAAGGACACGGUUGCCUAUUUCUGUGCCCAUUUUGAAGAACAGCUGAAAAUUUACAAAAAACAGGUUAUUAUUAACUUGGUAGACCAGGCAGGAAGAGAAAAAAUUAUUGGCGAUGCUUACCUGAAGCAAGUAUUGCUCUUUAACAACUCACAGCUCACUUAUGUCUCCUUUGACUUCCAUGAGCACUGCCGAGGAAUGAAGUUUGAAAAUGUUCAAACACUAACAGAUGCCAUUUAUGACAUUAUUCUUGACAUGAAGUGGUGUUGGGUUGAUCAAGCUGGGGUAAUAUGUAAACAAGAAGGGAUUUUUCGCGUUAAUUGCAUGGACUGCCUGGAUCGCACCAACGUGGUCCAAGCUGCCAUCGCACGAGUGGUCAUGGAACAGCAGCUGAAAAAAUUAGGUGUGAUGCCCCCGGAGCAGCCACUACCGGUGAAAUGCAAUCGGAUAUAUCAGAUAAUGUGGGCCAACAAUGGUGACUCCAUUAGCAGACAGUAUGCUGGGACAGCCGCUCUAAAGGGUGACUUUACAAGGACAGGAGAAAGGAAGUUAGCAGGAGUUAUGAAAGAUGGCGUUAACUCGGCAAAUAGGUAUUACCUGAAUCGAUUUAAGGAUGCCUACCGGCAAGCUGUUAUAGAUUUGAUGCAAGGCAUUCCAGUGACAGAAGAUCUUUAUUCCAUAUUUACCAAGGAGAAAGAGCAUGAAGCUUUGCAUAAGGAAAAUCAGAGAAGCCACCAGGAACUAAUUAGCCAGCUCUUACAAAGUUACAUGAAGUUACUGCUGCCUGAUGAUGAGAAGUUCCAUGGGGGCUGGGCCCUUAUUGACUGUGACCCCAGCCUCAUUGAUGCUACUCACAGAGAUGUGGAUGUGCUGUUACUGCUUUCUAACUCUGCCUACUACGUGGCCUAUUAUGAUGAUGAAGUUGACAAAGUAAACCAGUAUCAACGACUAAGUCUAGAAGACCUGGAAAAAAUAGAAAUAGGUCCUGAACCCACUCUUUUUGGUAAGCCAAAGUUCUCCUGCAUGCGAUUGCACUACAGAUACAAAGAAGCAAGUGGCUAUUUCCACACACUGAGAGCUGUAAUGCGCAACCCAGAAGAGGAUGGAAAAGAUACCCUUCAGUGCAUUGCAGAGAUGCUGCAGAUCACCAAGCAAGCCAUGGGAUUAGAUGUACCUAUAAUAGAGAAAAAGCUUGAGAGGAAGAGCAGUAAACCUCAUGAAGACAUCAUUGGCAUCAGAUCUCAAAACCAAGGCUCUUUAGCCCAAGGGAAAAAAUUUUUAAUGAGCAAAUUUUCAUCUUUAAAUCAAAAAGUGAAACAGACCAAAUCCAAUGUAAAUAUUGGCAACUUACGAAAGCUAGGAAACUUUACAAAACCUGAAAUGAAAGUUAACUUUCUAAAACCAAACUUAAAAGUAAAUCUUUGGAAAUCAGAUAGUAGUCUUGAAACCAUGGAGAACACAGGUGUGAUGGAUAACAAAGCCCAGGCUGAGUCAGAUGGGGAAAUGUCUUCAGAUAAUGACUCCUACCACUCCGAUGAAUUCCUUACAAAUUCCAAGUCUGAUGAAGAUAGGCAGCUAGCCAACUCUUUAGAGAAUGUAGGGCCGAUAGACUAUGUUCUGCCUAGUUGUGGCAUUAUUGCUUCAGCACCUCGUUUAGGCAGUCGAUCCCAGUCUAUUAGCAGCACUGAUAUUAGCAUUCACGUUCCUUCAGAGGUUCCUACUGCUCAUGGAAGUGGGCUUGGAAAAGGCCACGAGUCUUCUUUGAAGAAAAGUCCUUCUGCUGACAACAUACACACGUUGACUGGCUUUGCCAAGCCUGUGGAUGUUUACUGCCACAGAUUUGUCCAAGACGCACAAAACAAAGUGACCCAGCUCUCAGAAACCAGGUCUCUCUGUCAGGAGGCUAGUGAGGAAGGAAAUCAAAUGACCAGUCAAGUUUCUAACGAAGAAACUCAAUUUGAAUCUACGGAACAGAUACCUUCUCGACCAUCUCAAUUAGAUGUGUCUUUUCCUGCAACAGGCCCACAGUUUUUGUCAGUUGAACCAGUGCAUUCAGUUGUAUCUCAAAAGACCCCAGGCUCCGAAUCCGGCAUGCUUGAACUUGAGAGGGGGCUUCACGUAACUCCUUCUCCUUCAGAGAGCUGUAGCAGCAGAGCAGUUUCUCCCUUUGCAAAGAUUCGAAGUUCCAUGGUCCAGGUUGCUAAUAUUACCCAAGCUGGAUUAACCCAGGGUAUAAACUUUGCAGUGGCAAAGGUUCAGAAGAGUCCUGCAGAACCUGAAGUAAAUGAAGUCCAGCAAAAUGAACUUAAAAAUAUGUUUACACAAUGCCAGACACGAAUAAUUCAGAUUUAGUUUUUAGCCACAAAGAAUCAUGUGGCUUUUAUUUAAUCCAAAAAAGGGAGGUGUCACAUAUUUGGAUAUUUUAACCUAUACUGUCUUUGAAUCUAGGGAUCACAAAUUCUAAUUAUGUUAUUUGGAAAGAUUUUAAGAAUCUGAACCUAAGAAGAUUUCCAAAUUUGAAGAGCUAGGACAGCAGAAGUGCAUCAUCCUAAAAUGUGUAGAUCUAAGUAGCUUAUACACUACAGAGCAGUUUGUCUCUUAGAAAGUAAUUCAGGAGUAGAUGACUUUGGGAUGUAAUAUCCUGAACCUUUUUUGGAGCGGGGUGGGUGGGUGGAUAUGAAGUUGACACAAAGGAUGGACAAGGCCCUUUUAGUUGAUUAGCAUUUUUCAUAUAUAUUUUUUUUCUGUUUGUCAGUUCAUUUCUGUGUGUUAACUCUACAAAGUACUUAGUUUUUAGUGACUUUAAAAGUGUUACUAGUUUGGAGAAGUAUUUUAGUAUAAAAACUAUUGAUUUAGUUGAUGGCUUAACCAUUCCCUAUUAAGAGUUAGUUGAGUCAAAAAUUAUGACAGUUUGAUCCUAAUUUUCCCCAUAUUUGACUUAAAAACACUGACACCUUGUAUACUCAAAAGUCUAGGAACAUUAAGACUUGUCAGUCAUAAAACCUGAGCUAGCCAAUACAAAUACCAGUACCUAUGAAAUUUAAUUUUGCUCUAUUUUCGGAAAUGUUAAGAAUGUACCCUUACUAGAUACUGGAAUGCUUGCGCAAAGUCUUCAAAUUGUAAUUUUUUGCAGGGAGCAGUCCAUAACAUCUUGUAAUAGACUGUCACAACUACUGAAAAUUUAGUCAGAAGCAUGAUUUUGCUAAAACUGGUUUUAUGACUGUAACCUUGACCACAUGGAACCAGGGCCUCGUCUGUAAGCCCACAUGAUAAGAAAGUUGCACACUUUAUUCCAAACAAGUAUUGGUUUGUCUGGUAUCUUUAGAGGCUUACUCUGUUGAAGUGAUUCUCAGCUAGACAUUAUGUGUGUUGUAACUUUGAUAAAUAUUUCCACUUUUGUUAUUUAUUAGUGUUAUCUUUUUUUUGAAGUGUCAAAUCUUGUGACUAUUUAAAAUAAAAUAUAAUUUAAGGUGACAAUGUGUAUGAGAAUUUUUGAAUGACAUUUUAAAGAUAAGGGCAUGAAUCUUUAAAUCAGACUAAAGAUUUCAGAAGCAAGGUAAGUUUGCUGUAACUGAACAUUCCCAGCCUUUCUAAAUACUUUACUCUUUUGUUUUUGUGACUUUAAAAGUAAAUAAUGCAAUGGGUCACAAACCAUCAGAUUUUAAGAACCAAACAUUGAAACUGAAUGCUUUAUUCUCUCACCACCUUUUCUUGAAACUAUUAGGUGUCUGACAACAUGAGAGAAAAAGGUCCUGUGAUAAAAAUGUUUCAAGUUGCAAAGAAAUUAGUCCCAAAGAGAUUUUUGAAAACUAAAAUUAAGCUGAUUGAUGUUCUAAUUCCAGUAAGAAUAAUACAGGUGUCUGUUCAGUUUCCUGGUGACUCAAAUAGGAUUAACACUGCAUUAGAUCAACAUACUUUUCAUUGUCUGUGGAGAAAAGUUUCUGAAGCCCAGAGUACCAAUCUCCUCCUACCUGAGUGAGACUUCAGAGGGAGGACCCCCCGGUACCACCUCCCAUAAUAAUGGUUGUCCACCAAGAGGAUACAAGAUCUUUUUCCACCCAGAAGAUCCCAUGGGGUAAGUCUUGCAAUUCAUGAAAAACAGCCCAGAGUACUAGUAAUUUGGAAGUUUUAUUUAUUUGAAAGGUUUUCCUUUUCAAGGGAACUUUUCUGUAAGACCAAGCAAAUUAUGUACUUCUCUUUGGUAAAUUACAGUUCACAUUGGCACAAUAAACACAGUAACUAAUCUACUCUGUUGACUUUAAUUCUCACAAAUCCAGGUGCGCCUUUGUUUUAGUUCUAAAAGUUUAAGGAAGGUCUAAUCUACCAAUUAUAAAAAAUGAAAGCCAGUUAGAAUUCUAAAUAUAAACAGAUUAUUUACAUUAGUUUAUAAAAAUAGAUCUGAGUUUAAGAAAAGGUAAACUAGUAAUUUUCACUUCAGUUCAGGCAUAAUAAAUUCCUCCAUUUUCAAGGCAGGCUGAUUCUCUUUUCUUGGUUAGCAAUGUUAAUUUGGGCCCAGGGGCAGGGUGUGUGUGUGCAAGCGCUCAUGUGCAGGAUUUAAGUAAUCAUUUAACCAAAUGCUAAUGCUUCCAACUAAGUUACUGACUGAAAAAAACCUAAACCUUAUAUAUAACCAGUGAUAGCUUAAAAAAGUAAUGUUCUAACCUCUCUAAAGAUUCUUGAUGUCACCAUUACACCACUCUACUCUAUUACUUUGCUUUCUAGCUAUGGGUAAUAGUUUUGUUCCUUUAAAAACUUAUGUUAAAACAAACUGGUUGGGGGAAACCUACCUACUUUUAUUCCUGGACUAGCAGAUGUUAGUUGUUCUAACACAUCUGGAGCAAACUGAUAAACAUAAAAGUUCAAAAUCCAAUGUAAUCAAAGUAACUAAAUGAUAUUAGGAAAAUUAAAAACCAAUUUUUUUCCUAAAGAAGGCAUUUUUUAAAAGGUAACUAUUUGGGCAAAACAACUGCAUAGUGCAGGCAGCAUUCCCUUAAAUGAGUCCCAUAAAACAGUGGUUCCCAUACAUAUGCACCGGGGUGAAAUGAGAAAAAUAAGGACAAUGUAGUGUUUUUUUCAAAAAGCUACAUUUAUUCCACUUAGAGAACUCUCUCUUGGUCUGAGAUUGUCUUUUUAAGGG